AUGAUAACCGCCGUGAUAGAAGAUACCGAUGACAAGUCAAUGGUAGCAUUUACAGAUGGCUCAUGUAGAGGAAACCCUGGACCCUGUGGCUCAGGAGCCUUUGUUCUCCUGCCAUAUGGGGAGACAGUAGAGUUGAAACAGCCAGUUUCCAAACACUCUUCAAUACUGGUUGGUGAACUGGUUGCAAUUAAGAUAACGCUGGUCCUUGUCACAGAGGAAAUCAAAAAGCGGCAGAUACAAAAAGUAAAGAUCCUGAGUGAUAGUCAGUCGGCAGUGGGAAUCCUAUCAUUAGGCUGGGAGAACAAUUCACAUCCCCACCUUUGCUCCGAAAUACGCCAACUAUGGAGGCAAGUGGAGGAAACCGGCUGCAAAAUAGACCUCCAGUGGACACCAGGGCAUGCUAACAUACAUGGAAAUGACAAAGCUGACGCCCUUGCUAAAGAAGCAGCCAAGGAGGCUGAAGACAUGGAGGCAGAGGAGUUUGAUCAGCCCACCAGUCAGACAGAGAUACGUGCUGCAGCAUCCCUGGCUACCUGUGACAAGUGGCAACGUAGAUGGGAAAUUUCAGAAAGUGGGCGAACUCUUUUCCAGUACCAACCAAAAGUCAACCGCAACAAAGUAAACUUUGAUGGUCUACCACAUCAAAGAAGCAUAUUAGCGCUACAGAGUGGGUACUGUUUGAAGGACUACAAUUACAAAGUUGGUUUGACUGACUGUCCAUACUGCGAAUGUGGAAGUCGUGAGACAGUGGAGCACUUUUACUGUGAGUGCCCUUUAUACACCAGUGCAAGAGAGAAGGCAAAGAAAGAGAUGUUCCUCUUGACGGGUAUACCAGUCUUCAGUGAGAAGCCUUUCCUAACCAUUGAUGAAAAUGACCCCUACAAAGAAUGGCGACGGGCGAUCAACAACGAACUGAAUGACUUUAUUGAAGCCACCAAGCGUUUUGGAACCCGUGGUCCGAGAAAGUUUCUCGCGUAA